UUUGUCUUUUCUCUUCUUCCCUGGUUUUAUAUCUCAGCUCCCAAAAAUCCAGGGGCUUAUUGUCAACGUAUUCAAUCCCUUAAAGCUAUCUCUUCCUUAUAUAAUCAUUGAAUCUCCUUCACCACUUCCCACAAAAUAUCCCACAAAUCUAACAAAACCGAACCAAAUUAAUCUUCAAAUCCUGUUUUACUCUAUCAGCUGUUUACUCUUGGGAAAAUUGAAAACUAGCAGAAAAAUAAAAGAUGCGGAUGAGCUGUAAUGGAUGCAGAGUUCUUAGAAAAGGGUGUAGUGAUGAUUGUAGUAUAAGACCGUGUUUGGGCUGGAUCAAAUCUCCCGAAGCGCAAGCAAACGCAACCGUGUUUCUCGCCAAGUUCUAUGGCCGCGCUGGACUCAUGAACCUCAUCAACGCCGGUCCCGAUCACCUUCGUCCUGGGAUUUUCCGGUCGUUGUUGCAUGAAGCCUGCGGGAGGAUUGUGAACCCGAUCUACGGUUCGGUGGGUUUGCUAUGGUCGGGAAACUGGCAGCUGUGCCAAGCCGCCGUGGAAGCGGUGAUGAAAGGUGAACCGAUCACGGAGAUGGCCACAGAUGCGGCGACGAGCGGGCAAGGUCCGCCGCUGAAAAUGUACGACAUCCGACAUAUUUCUAAGGGCGAGAACUCCCCCGCCGCCGCAGCAGCUGCUGGAUCGACCGAUCGGAAACGAGGAAAAACUCGCCGGGCAAAGCGGGUCGCCGCCGUCGCUAAACCGGCGGAAUCCGGCGGCGGAGAGGCUAGUCACCACUCGUCGUUGAGUCACCAGUCUGAAGUGGUGGUGGCUCCUCACGAGGGAGAGAGCAAAGAAACGGAGAGCAAUAGCUCGGAGGUCAUGACGUUCUCGCCGCCGGCUGUACAAGGCUCCGGUGAGAUCAAGCUUGAUCUAACUUUAGGACUGGAGCCGGUGUCACGUGCGGAUCACGUGGUACCUGUUAAGAAGAGAAAGAUGGGAGUGUUUAGCACGUGGCAGGAGGAGAGCUCGUGUAAGACUGACCUUGUGCUCUAAAUAAGCUCUUAACUAUUCCUUCCUUAGAAGUUUUGCCCGCAUUGGCUCAGUUCUGAUACCAUUGAGCUAUGCCGAUAACUUUUUUUUUUUUUUUUGUUCUCUAUUUCCCUCUUUAAUUUGCAAUUUCCCUGGUGAUGAAAGACAGAGCAAUGUACAAACUUAUUUACUGAGAUAAAAUUCAAUAUUUGGCUAUAAGAUUUUGUUACUUUUC